AUGUCAGACUCUGAGCCACUUGGAACCAUGAGAGUGAUACUGUUGGCUGUGGUUUACAUCCCAUUCAUCCUGGCCAUGGAACGAAUCCCCCUGAUUCGAUUCAAAUCUAUCAAGAAACAGCUGAAAGAAAAGGGAGAAUUAGAGGACUUUUGGAGGAACCACCACCCUGAUGUUUUUGCCCGAAGAUAUUUGCAUUGCUUCCCUGCAGAUAUUGCUUUAUCAGUAGGAACUGCUUCAGAAAGGCUGUAUGAUUACAUGAAUGCGCAGUACUACGGAGUGGUGAAUGUCGGCACGCCCCCACAGAGGUUCACCGUCGUGUUUGACACCGGCUCCUCCAAUUUUUGGGUCCCUUCUGCUUAUUGCAUCAGCGAGGCGUGCAGGGUGCACCAGAAAUUUAAGUCCUUCAAGUCGGAUUCAUAUGAGCACGGAGGGGAAGCCUUCUCCUUGCAGUACGGCUCGGGACAGCUUCUGGGCAUUGCUGGCAAAGACACGCUGCAGAUAAGUAACAUCUCCAUCAAGGGACAGGACUUUGGCGAGUCAGUGUUUGAGCCAGGAACAACUUUUGUCCUUGCCCAUUUUGAUGGCGUGCUGGGCUUAGGCUACCCCUCCUUAGCAGUGGGCAAUGCUCUGCCUGUGUUUGACAGCAUCAUGAACCAGCGCUUGGUAGAGGAACCAGUCUUCUCUUUCUAUCUGAAAAGAGGAGAUGACACUGAGAAUGGUGGUGAGCUGAUUCUGGGGGGGAUAGACCAUUCUCUCUACAAAGGUUCAAUCCACUGGGUCCCAGUCACUGAGAAAAGCUACUGGCAAAUACAUGUGAACAAUAUAAAGAUCCAGGGCCGGGUGGCAUUUUGCUCCCAUGGCUGUGAAGCCAUCGUUGACUCAGGCACUUCUCUUAUCACUGGACCCUCUUCACAAAUCAGGCGAUUACAGGAGUAUAUCGGGGCAAGUCCAUCAAAUACUGGAGAGUUUCUUGUAGACUGCAGAAGAUUGUCAAGCCUGCCUCACAUAAGCUUCACGAUCGGACACCAUGAGUACAAGCUGACAGCAGAACAAUACAUCCUAAAGGAGUCUAUUGACGACCAAACCUUCUGCAUGAGUGGCUUUCAGUCUCUCGACAUCCCCACUCGCACUGGCCCACUAUGGAUUUUAGGAGAUGUCUUCAUGUCUGCAUUUUACUGCAUUUUUGACCGUGGGAAUGACAGAGUGGGAUUUGCAAAAGCUGUUCACAGGAAUGAUUACUACUGAGUCAUAAUAGCAUCUAUUCUGUCUUAACUAAAAUGUUAAUGUAAUGAUCUUCAAUACUGUGUGAAGUAGGGCUUUUACUGAAACUUUGGACCUAAAUGCAUGCUGUGUUUGCCCCCCUCCAGGUUUUAGGGACUUUGCAGUGAUCUUUGUCCCAAAUGAUAUAGUUUGGUUCAAUAUCUAUAUGUUUAUAACCAAGAAACAAUAUUUCCUGAGUAACUGAUGGACAGCGCAGCUCUCAGGAUAAAGCAGAAAAACUCAGCACUCAGAUUUGCAAAAGAUCAGGAAGAAAAAAAUGCUGAACAGUGCCAGUCUGACAAAACAGCAGUUACGAGUGGGGGAAACUACUCCCAGUUCUGCCUGGUCUGGCUAUCCUUUUUUUCUUCUUGUUUGCUAGUUUCC